GCCCGUAUGAAGCCACAUCCCCGAGUCCGAAUCGAUGCCGAGUCCCCCGGGUCUCAAACGGAAUAGUUCCGAACCCACCGUAUUGACUGGGGUAUGACAUUACCCAUCGCUCCACAAAAGACGCGGCCCUUGCAGAGCAAGGGGAACCACUACUUCAAGGUCUAAGAGCGAGUGAAGUCACCGAUCGAAACGCUAUUAGCGCGCACCCCGCUAACUAACUAGCCAUUUCACAUCGGUUACAGUGGCAUGAGGAUCGAUGUUUGACUGCCGUUUGACAAAUACCCAUAAUAAUCUCAUCAUGUAGACUAUCCUACCCACACCGUAUCUGCGAGCUGUUGGCUAAAGCGCACAUGUCAAGACCAGGGACCCACCUCUCUUGACUGACCACCUUCAGUCAUUUCCAUCAACAUGGCAGGAAAGAUCUCCAAAGACGAGCUGGAGGAGCUGCGAGAGGCGUUUGGCAAAAUUGACCUCGAUGGCAAUGGAUCCAUCUGUGACUAUGAGCUCCAUGAACUGUUCAAGGAGGCCAACCUUCCCCUGCCUGGCUACAAAGUCAGGGAGAUCAUUCAGAAGCUGGAUCGCAACAAGGACAACAAGAUCAGCUUUGAUGAGUUUCUGUCGAUAUUCCAGGAGUUGAAGAGCAGUGACAUUGCCAAAAGCUUCCGCAAGGCCAUUAACAGGAAGGAGGGGAUCCUGGCCAUUGGGGGUACAUCUACGCAGUCCAGUGAGGGCACGCAACACUCCUUCUCUGAGGAGGAGCGGUACGCUUUUGUUAACUGGCUCAACACAGCGCUGGAGAAUGACCCUGACUGCAAGCACGCCCUGCCCAUGGACCCCAACUCAGAUUCCCUCUUCAAGGCCAUGGGCGACGGCAUCGUUCUCUGUAAAAUGAUCAACCUGUCGGUGCCAGACACGAUUGACGAGAGGACCAUAAACAAGAAGAAGUUGACACCGUUCACAAUACAGGAGAAUCUGAACCUGGCUCUGAACUCGGCCUCUGCUAUUGGCUGCCACGUGGUGAACAUCGGGGCUCUGGACCUAAGGGAGGGGAAGCCCCACCUGGUACUGGGCCUGCUGUGGCAGAUCAUCAAGAUCGGCCUUUUUGCUGACAUUGAGCUCAGCCGAAAUGAAGCCCUGGCUGCUCUGCUGAGAGAUGGAGAGACCCUGGAGGACCUGAUGAAGCUGUCUCCAGAGGAGCUGCUGUUGCGCUGGGCUAACUUUCACCUGGAGAACGCUGGCUGGCAGAAGAUCAAUAACUUCAGCUCCGACAUUAAGGACUCCAGAGCCUAUUUCCACCUUCUCAACCAAAUCUCCCCCAAAGGCACAGAGGAAGAUCAACCACGCAUAGACAUCAGCAUGGCAGGCUUCAGUGAGAAGGAUGACCUGAAAAGGGCAGAGAACAUGCUUCAGCAGGCUGACAGGCUGGGCUGUCGACAGUUUGUCACCCCAGCUGACGUCGUCGCCGGCAACCCCAAACUCAACCUGGCCUUUGUGGCCAAUCUCUUCAACAAGUACCCAUCUCUCACCAAGCCUGAGGGAGAGGACAUCGACUGGGGGCUGUUGGAAGGUGAGACACGAGAAGAAAGAACAUUCCGGAACUGGAUGAAUUCCCUGGGUGUAAACCCACAUGUCAAUCAUCUGUAUGGAGACCUAGCGGACGCCUUGGUCAUCCUCCAACUUUAUGAAAAGAUCAAAGUGCCCGUCGACUGGACCAACAAAGUCAACAAACCACCAUAUCCCAAGAUUGGUACCAACAUGAAAAAGUUGGAGAACUGCAACUAUGCGGUGGAGCUGGGGAAGACGACGGCGAAGUUCUCUCUCGUUGGCAUCGGUGGGCAGGACCUGAACGAUGGCAAUGCCACCCUGACGCUAGCCCUGGUGUGGCAGCUGAUGAGGAGAUAUACGCUGAAUGUACUGGAGGACUUAGGAGAUGGACAAAAAGCUAAUGAUGACAUCAUUGUUAAAUGGGUCAAUACAACCUUGUCAGAGGCAGGGAAAACAACCAAGAUCUCAAGCUUCAAGGACAAGGAGAUCAGCACCAGUUUACCAGUAGUGGACCUGAUUGAUGCCAUCCAACCUGGAAGCAUCAGCUACGACCUGGUCAAGACUGGAAGCCUCUCAGCCGAGGACAAGCUGGAGAACGCCAAAUAUGCCGUCUCCAUGGCGAGGAAGAUCGGCGCGCGUGUCUACGCUCUCCCAGACGACCUGGUGGAGGUCAAGCCCAAGAUGGUGAUGACCGUGUUCGCCUGCUUGAUGGGCCGGGGGAUGAAGAGGGCUUAACGGACUGGUUGUGCCACUUUGGCAUUCCCACACAACUACCCACAAGCCUUUUGCUUUAUUAAGGGCAACCCGGGAAUGAAGAAAGACAUGUGGAAGAAAAUUGUUACCAAUAGACAUUUAGUUAUUUUUUUGUUUCAAUCGGUUUUGUGCUUUUUUCACGCGUGUGUGUGGGGUACAUUUUCACAACUUUUUGUACAAAACUCAUAUCUUCUCAACUUAGUUAUUUUAACAACCAGUUAAUCCAUUAGCAAACAUGCAAGAUACAUGUUUCAAAAUUGCCCUUUAAAUGUAGUAUGCUACAGCACAUUGCACUGUUUUCACAUUAGGGAAUACACUUACACUACCCAUCAACAUUUAUUGAAAAUCAAAUUUCUAUCCUAUGUGUGUUCAUUCUUUCAGUCAUUGAUGCAAAAUAUAAAUUUUUUGUUCAGAUAUAAUUACACUAGGUGUACUGUAAUCAAAUGAAACAAAUUAAAUUAAUGAAAGAAACAUAAUGUUUAGCAGACACGAGUUUGCAUCAAGCCAGUUUUAAACAGUUGACCAUAGGUUCUCAUCAACACAGUAAAUAUCCUCAUUGUUCAUGCACCUGGGGGAAAAACCUGUUGACAUGGUGAAUCCAAGCCUGACAUUGAUCUGGAUUGAUGUCAUUGCAUGCCUCAUUCAUGGCCUGAAGGAGGGUGGCACACUCAUGGGGAUGGCAAUCGUACACCUUCCACCUGUAUUCUAAUAUUGUAUUGUACUUAUGGUUCAAUUCCUACUGGGGUCACAGGAAAAUGUGUUGACUCACUGUUGCCACUUUGGAUAAAAGUGCCUGCUCUAGCAUAACAUAAAUGGCAUGUUAUGAAUUAGUAUUGUAUUGACCAAUGCAAUUAUAGUAAAGCAGUGUAACCCCUCCCCCCAAUCAAAAAGACCCCUGUAAUUUUGGGUACAUGUACAGGGCAGUGGUGAGCAACAUACGGCCUGUGGGAAAUAAUGGACCCUUUUCUGGCCGGCAAAUAGCUUUCGACAAAAAAAUAGGGGGGGGAAAUCUGCGGCAUUCUGCUGAAUUAAAAAAAAGAAUAAUAAUAUGGCCCUCGACAAUUAUUUAGGGGAUUCAAUUGUUACAAACAGUACAUAUCUGGUCUUGUAUAUCUGUUUUUUACUUACUGUGAAGUAAAAUAAAGGGUCACCAUCAUAAUAUAUUUAAGCAAUAAGGCAUGAACAGGUGUGGUAUAUGGCCAGUAUGCCACAGCUAAGGGCUGUUCUUGUGCACAACUCAUCGCGGAGUGCCUGGACACAGCCCCUAGCCGUGGUAUAUUGGCCAAAUACCACAAACCCCCGAGGUGCCUUGUUGCUAUUAUAAACUGGUUACCAACGUAUUUUAGAGCAGUAACAAAUGUUUUUUCAUACUUGUGGUAUGCGGACUGAUACCACGGCUGUCAGCCAAUCAACAUUCAGGGCUCGAACCACCUAGUUUAUAAUACAUUAUAUAUCAUACUUUAUGUUCAUACUUUACAAACAUUUUCAUGGUGUAGUUCUCAAUCUGUAGUAGACAAACCAGUUUAAACUCUACAGGUUUACCAAAUGGUUAAGUGAUUAUCAAUUGAGACCAUUCGGAUUAGGUAAGAGUAAAAAAUACAAUCAUAUCAGAAGUAACGUGAGCGUUGUAUUGUGAAAAGAAUUUACUUUAUUUGAACGUAUUGCAAUGGAAGACUUAUUUAUUUCUAGAUGAAACACUGAUUUAAGUUUUAUGAAAAGGUGAAUGUGUGUUGUACUUAGUCAGUUGAAUUGGUGCAUAGUUUAGAAACAGCCUUUUGGAUCAUCUGUUUUGUACUAAACGUUGUGAACAUGUAUCACAUACUUGUGGAAAUUGCACCAAAGUGAUUGAAAAAAACUGUAACACUGCAAUCAAAAAUGUCAACCUUGUUUUGAGCGGAGGUAUGUAUACUACAAAAUAUUGUGCAGUCUUAUUUGCGGUAAGCCCAUAACAUAAAGUUACUGAAGAACACUAUGCCUCAUGUUACAGAGGACAACUUCCUAUGUUACUUUUUGAUAUGCAACACUAUCUCAAUUCAUGUUUCAGAAUGCUGUAUGGUAUAAGUAUGUAUGUAUUUUUCCAGUUAACAGGUUGUGUUUCUGAGUAUUUCUACUCCGGUUGAUUAUGUUACAAUUAUAUCCUUGAUGUGUACACUAUAUAAUACAUAAUCAUAUCAUCCCUUACACAGUGGAUAACAAUAUUUAACUUGGACAAACUGAAAUGGUGGCGGUUUAGGUGUUGUACCUGAACUUUCUCCUCUCCCUUAUUGAAAUGCAUGCAUAUCUUAAUAGCUAGUCUUGUCAACAGCUGCAUAUCUACGGAAGCCAUAAGGUCAAACCUUAGUAAUGACCAAACCUGAAGGGUAUUCUCUGUAUUCCUGUAUUUACUUUAUUUUGGGGGGGGAUUAUGGUAGAUAGCUAGUAAACUGAGAGCAGCUGGGUGUCUGUCUGGCUUUUUUCUAUUGUGCUAUUUGUAUGUCUUAUUACUCUGGAAGAAACCAAGGGAGCUCACUUGACAGUUCGGUUUCCCUGGUUGUGCAGUAUCUUUUAAUGCCAACUUCUGAUGCGCAUUUGUUUCCUCUUUUCUUUUGUAUUCAACAUUACCAAAAAAAUUGCCUAAACUAUUUCUGCCUUGCAGAUAGCUUCAUUAUAUUCCAUAGUUACCGUACCAUUGCAUUUUGGUCUCAUGUGUAUAUGUUUACUCUGAAGUGCUUUAUACAAAUAAUAAAUAAGAAAAUGAACAAUG